AUGGCCUCAACGUCCGCGUCAGAGCCCGAACUCAAAACCUCUUCCAUUUCCCACCCUACAUCAACAAUGUCGUCAACAUCAACGCUAACACAACCAUCGCCAACAGUAACGCUAACGCUGAAGAAUGAGCGCCUCCACCUCUCAUCCUCCACCUCUCAAUACAAAGACAUCCUCCUCGCCAGCGACUUUGCCGCUAACGUCUGGAAUGAGGUCCCCUUGCCCACACACGCAAAGAUCUGUAUGGGAAUAUUCGGCCCCAUCGUGCUGCUGAUGACCAUCUUCACCGCGCGGGAUUUCGCUCUGAGCUAUGCGAAUGUCCUUCUGCUACUAUCUGAGCAGGAGGCCCUGAGAUCCUCUCAACAUGCCACCACCUCCCUCCCGGAGAAAAGGGAAAAGGAGAGGGAGGGCAUCCUAGGCGUUAACACGCGUGAACUCCUAACCAAGCUCAUGGAUUGCAUCCUCAUGGACGUCUUACUUGGCGCUGGCGACCUACUCGUCAGCACGGGCACGAUUAUGGCCAUCUUCAGCAAUAACCGGACGCAAAGGGUGCGCGUUGUUACUGGUGCGGCUGGGCAUGCGCCGCUGCUGGGUGAGAGAGAACAGAGGAGAGUGACGGCCCGAUACAGGAUGUUGCAGUGGCAUGGGGCUAUGAACGGGUUGAAUGGGUUGGUGGCCGGGAUGGCGAGCAUGGUUACGGCGAAGAUGUGGUGGGGUUAUGUGGUUUUGGUACCGUGUGUUGGGGUGGUGAUUGCUUCGAAUCGGUUCUGGAGGCUGAGAUUGGGAUAUUGUCGGUUUCUAUACACUCAGAGUCUCAGGGAGGGGGAUAGGGGUGAGGAGGAUGAAGAGGGAGGAGAGAUAGCGGGUGAGUUAGCAAAGACUUUAGAUUUUCAGGGGACAUUGCCGGAGCUGAUUGACAGCAGCACGCUGGAUUCGCUGAUGGAUUUCAUCGUGCGGAACGAAAGGUUUGACGUCUUUUGCGAGUAUAUCCUCAGAAGAUGGAAGCAUCACCGACUGUUCACGGUUGAUGUGCCUACACAAGGCAUUCAGAUUGCGCCCAAGGAUUUCAUGCCAUUCCCCAAAGGGGAGCAAACCCGAAUGCUGGACGAGUGUCGGUGCUUUCUACAAGACGACGGGAUGAGGAUUCUCCUGUACCGCGAGCGAUAUCUGCAGGACUUGCUCGGAGAGAUCAUCUGGACUGAUAAUCAAUCAUAG